AUGGCGGAUCCAUUGACAAUUUUAAGAGGUAUACUCUUGGAAGGAGGUACACCAAAUAUUGAAGGAGAUGAUUAUUCAUUAGGUAGAUAUAAAUUCAAUAAAAACACACCAACAGCAUUCAAAAGUUCAACAGGUUCAAACUAUUCAUUAGGGUUCAGUUUAUUUUUUACAUUCAAAUCGUACUUUAAAUCAUGGUGCUUAUAUUUUAGCUGCAUCAAGAAGUAAUAUUCAAGCUGUAAAUUUCAAUGAUAAAAAAGAAUUAUUAAGUUAUUUAGAUGGUGGUGAAAUUACAGCAUCGAUUCAAUUUGAUUCGUUACCAACAUCAACACCAACAAUGUUGGGUAGUAUUUCAACAGCGGAUGAUACAAUAACAAUACCAGAGGGACAAUCAAUUCAACAAAUGGAUCAAGAUUCACAAAAACAAUCAGAUGAAACAACUUCUUCAACUCAAUUACCAUUUGGUGGUAGUUUAACUCAAAAAGAACAAGAACAAAUCGACCAACAACAACAACAACAACAAUCAUCGACACAACAACAACAACAAGAUUUAGGAUUAUCAACACAACAACAACCACAACAACCACAACAAGAAGAUGAUAAUAAUGAUCAAUAUCAAGAUAUGGCAAUACAAGAAUUUGAUGAAUUUAAAUCUGAUCAAAUUAAAAUCGAUCCAUUAUUAAUACAUGAUAGAGAAUUAACAGCACAACAACAAAAAGAUAAAUCUAUAUUCGCAGAGAAAAUAGAUACUAAAAAAAUUAAAACAGAAUCACCACUCACCGUAGAUACUUAUAUCGAACAAGUUAAAACAAAAAGAAAGAAUAUGGCAACUGAUGAUAACAGAUCUUCAUUUAUUAAAGCUGAUAUUGAAGUUACCAAAGCAAUAAAUAAUAGAGAAAAGAAAUCUUCUGAUAAAGUUUCAGUUUUACAAAGUUCAGUUUCAUUUGCAAAUAUUUUAACAAAUUAUAAAAAGUUUAAAAUUGAAGAUGAAGAAGAAAAGAAAAGAAAAAGAUCAUCAUCAUCAUCAUCAUCGUCAUCAUUAUUAUCAUCACCAAAUGUUAAAUCAUCACCAAAUGGAAGUCCAUCAAUUAUUCCACAUUUAAAAAACAGAACUCCAAUUAUUAUUGUACCAUCAUCAUUAACAGCAACAAUUUCAUUAUAUAAUGUUUUAGAAUUUUUACAACAUAGUUUGUUUAGACCUACAUUAGAAAAGAAACAAGAGAUGGCAUCACAAAAUAUAAUCAAACCACCAAUGAUUACAUUUGAUAGAAUUACAACUCAAAAAGUUACAUAUGAAGUUAUUGAUAAUAUUAAAAGUUUAAAACCUGAAGAUUGGUAUAGAGUGGUGGCUGCAUUUGUUCAAGGUGAAGCUUGGCAAUUUAAAGAUUGGAAAUGGAGUAAUCCUGCUGAUUUAUUUGCAAAUAUCAGAGGUUUUUAUGUUAAAUUUGAUGAUUCAAAUCUACCUGAUGUCGUCAAAUCUUGGGAUGUUAAAGUAUUACAUAUAAGUAAAUCUAAAAGACAUUUAGAUCACACAGCACAAGUUGAAUUCUGGAAUGCAUUUGACGAUUUUACAAAUGCAAAGAAAUCUUACCUUAAUCAUUGA